CAGGCUCGAGGUUGUUUUGGACUUCAACUCCCAGAAGCCUCAGCCGCCUCGGCCCAUGCGGAGGGAUCCUGGGAGUGGAAGUCCAAUAGGAGCGGAAGGCGCGCGUGGGGGCGGGGCCAGGGCCGGAAGAGGAAGCGGGAGCGGCAUGGCGGCGGCGGCGCGGCUGGCCUUGUCUCCCUCGGCGGAGCCUCCGCGGGCGGCCGUGCACUCGCUCCCCUGCCGGGUCCUCCACGACGGGGACGCCGCCGUCUGCAAGUACUUCUCCCCGGCCAUCCGGGCGCACGGCCACGAGUCGUCGGUCUCCUUCCGCGGGCGGAGCCUCAAGGGGACGAGCGUCUCCGUCCCGGAGGGAUACGUGGGGCUCGUGUUGGAGAAGGAGGCGGCACCGCUGCUGCCGUCAGAAGAGCAAGAGCUGCGCGUCAAGUCGGCCUUCGGGUCUCUGACGGUGUGGAAUCUGGAACAGGCGCCGAAGGACACGGACGAGAUCCUGAUGGCGCUGCGCUGGCCACAGAUCGCGGACGGGAUCCACUCGGCCGUGCCCGACGACGAGUGAGAACCACCGCAGAGCAAUGGAAGCGCAUAUUCGGGACUCAGCACACGCAGGCACAAGACUCCUCUUCUGCCCCUUGCUGCACAAGGUGACUCUCCACGGAUACGGCCUGACUCCGGUCUAUGCAUUUCGGUCUAUUUUGUUGUCUGAUACCUUGAGUGGAUGAUGGUUACACUUUUGGGGGCUGAGGAGAUACCUGUUUGGGGUGCCCGUCUCCAUAAACGACAUAUGCAACCGGA